AGAUCGGGUAUGGAGUUCGAUCGUACGAUUUCCAUAGGAUCGGCCGUGAGAUUCUCAGAGCACGUCGUAACAACGAGUAAAUUUGUUCAUGGGGAGACUCCGGCGACGUCGAUUAAGCAGAGGAUCGUCAGGAUCACGCUAACUGAUCCCUAUGCUACCGAUUCUUCCGGCGAUGAAGAAGUACCGGUUGUUAAGAGAGUGAAGAAGCAUGUUUCUGUAAUCGAUUUUAGCACGCCAUCUUCGAGUUUUGCUAAGCAGGAGCAACGAAAAAGAAGUGCUGGAUCUAUGGAGAAGAAGUUCAGAGGUGUUCGUCGGAGGCCGUGGGGCCGGUGGGCGGCGGAGAUCCGUGAUCCUCAUCGGAGGAAACGAGUUUGGCUAGGGACGUAUGACACACCUGAGGAAGCUGCGACGGUGUACGACGAGGCUGCCCUGAAAUUGAAAGGCCCUGCCGCCGUUACAAACUUUCCUCGUGUCACCGUCACCAGAACCGUAACCGUCGAGAGCCAAAGUCAAACAGCGACGACCACCAGUAGCAGCUGCAGCGAAGAACCGUUGAACCACACCGCUAUGUCACCGACGUCUGUGCUGUACGGUAACCCCGAGCUAACGGCGUUUGACCACGGACUAGGGUGCUGUGACGUGGACUCCCUGGGAUUUGAUAUCGACAUGCCGUUUAACUUGCCGGAUUUUGUGGCGUCGGAGAAUUACUGCGGCGAGGAGCUGGGCGAGUUUAAUAUCGACGAUUUUCUGGUUGACUUCCGAGAAAAUUAUUAAUUAGAUAAUUUGUAAAUGUAUUAAAACGAGGGCAGUAUGGUAAUUUAAGCUUGAGCUGCAGAGAUGUACGGAUGUGAGUGUAUUUUUGUAUAUGCAAAUUUUGUGUA